AUGGCAACAGUGUCUGUGGGUAAUCAGGGAGACGUGCUGGAAGAGCAACCUGAAUUGAAAGUGGAACCCCACUGGCCCUGUACCCACCCAGCAGCUCCAGGACUAAUUGAAGAAGACCAGGUAGAAGAUAUCUCUGACAACUCAGAGCAAGAUGACAUGAAAGCUCGAGUUAGGGAGAUGAAUGAAGAAGUUGCCAAGCUUAAGGAGCUACAAAAGGAGCUGAGGAAACAGAUGAAUAUGUCCUCAUCACCUCACACGGUGACCAUGUCAAUGGCUGAUGCCCGAUCUAUCUAUGUUGGUAAUGUGGACUAUGGUGCCACACCAAAAGAGCUGGAAGAACACUUUAAAGACUGUGGUUCAGUCAACCGGGUUACCAUCCUCUGUGAUAAAUUCAGUGGCCAUCCCAAAGGCUUUGCAUAUAUAGAGUUCUCAGACAUAGAGUCAGUGAGCACUUCCUUGGCCUUAGAUCAGUCCCUUUUCAGAGGAAGGCUAAUCAAGGUGAUCCCUAAACGUACCAACAGACCGGGUAUCAGCACCACAGACCGGGGUUUCCCAAGAUCUCGCUCUCGUGGCCGCACUACCAACUACAGUUCUCAUGUCUAUGCAGGUUUCAACAGAGUAACCCAGAGUUGGCGUAGUGGCCGUGGUCAAGUCUACCGGGGCCGUGUCUACCGGGGCCGUGUCUACCGAGGCCAGGUAAAUGCUGCCCUUUUGAUCUUGAAUGGUUGCCUAUUCAAUGUUGAACUUUUCUCACUAGCUGUGUUGAAACUUGGACCACGCUUAUCCCACCAGGAGGAGACCUCACUAUCAUUAAUAAAGAAGAAACAGGUCCAGCCUGAGUGGGAAUCGCAACAAGUGUAUCAGAUGCAAUCAGGUCUCAUUGUGCUCAAGGACGGUGGGAAACCUGAGUCCAUGGGAGGCACAGAAGACCACAAGAAGAACCUGGAGUCUGAGACAAUGGAGCUGGAGGAGCUACUGAUGGAGGUUGAGGCUGAGCCAGAGCUACCACGGAAAGAGGAACUUUCCCAGCCUGCCAUCCACCCAGGAGCUCCAGAACUGAAGGAGGGAGACCCGGAGGAAGGGAGCAUUGAUAACAGGGAGCUGGAAGAUAUCAAAGUUCAAGUCAGAGACUUGGAGGAGAUCGCUGCCAAGCUAACAGAGAUGCAGUUGGAGUUGCAGCACCAAGAUUCCCCACCAAGCAAUAAAGUUCCAGUGACCACAUCCAUGGAGAACAUGAACACUGAUGCCCGAUCUAUCUACGUUGGUAAUGUGGACUAUGGUGCAACAUCAAAAGAGGUGGAAGAACACUUUAAAGACUGUGGUUCAGUCAACCGGGUAACCAUCCUCUGUGACAAAUUCAGUGGUCAUCCCAAAGGCUUUGCAUAUAUAGAGUUCUCAGACAAGGAGUCGGUAAGCACUUCCCUGACCUUAGAUCAGUCCCUUUUCAGAGGAAGGCUAAUCAAGGUGAUCCCCAAACGUACCAACAGACCGGGUAUCAGCACCACAGACCGGGGUUUCCCAAGAUCUCGCUACUGUGGUCGUACCACCAACUACAGUUCUUAUCCUCCAUUCCAAGGUGGUUUUAACAGUGGGACCUGGGGUCGGGGUAGGGGCCGAGUCUACAGGGGCCGAGUAAGAGCCACAUCAUGGUAUCCACCUUACUAA